CAACAACUCUGAAGUCACAGCUACUCAUCCGUCGUCUCUAACCACUUUCAUUCUCUGCUGAAUCGAUCACACUUCGUUCGUGGUAGUUGGUAUCAUUGUAUGGCCGCCAAUUCGAGCAGUCGAGGGAUCACUGCCUUGGGGAAGCGACUCUGCACAAACCGGAUCUGGAACUCCAACUCCUCUUCUCUUUCCCCUGCCCUCGCUUCUAGGAAGGCAGGAUACAGCUCGGUGUACGACAAGAACCCGGAUGAGCAGGCACACGCUGGUGCAGUCCCUGACGAUGUGAUCCAUGCAACACAAUCCGGCAAGUAUUGGGCCCCAAACCCACAUACUGGAGUAUUUGGUCCUCCUGCCGGCACCGACCAACCCACUCCUCCUCCCACCGCUGAUGCCAUCAAGGACUCCGUUCUGGAGGAGAAGGCCUGGUUCCGCCCCACUAGUCUCGAGGACCUUGAGAAGCCCCACAGUCUUCCUUAGACACUCCAUCUCUAUAUGGGAUCCAUAUAUAGGAUAAAUAAAUAAGGAGACAUAUUAAAGUGGGAGUGUUGUGGUUAAUUAAUUGAUUGCUCUCUACUCUCUUUCUAGCUUGCGUGUAUAGUGCUGCUUAGUUUUACAAGAGCCUGGACUGCAGCUUUUGUUAUACAUUUUUAUAUAUAGCUUGCUAGUCAUGAUCAUGAACUAUGCUGUGGAUGUAUCGUCAUCAUCCUUGCUUCUGUAUUCAUGCUACUUUAAUAUCAUAUCUAUGCUUAUGAUGACGUUGUGCUUA